AUGAUAGUAUUCCUUCAGGCAUCAACCAACAACAGGGCUUUAACUGUACUGCAGUAUUUCCAGUCAGUUGUUGAGCACUACAAUUUACCAUCAAGAGUUCACAGUGAUCUUGGAAUGGAAAACAUAGAAGUUGCUCGCUUCAUGCUACAAGAAAGAGGUUUGAAUAGAGGCAGCCACAUCACUGGAAAAUCUGUUCAUAACCAGAGAAUAGAGCAUCUCUGGUAUGAUGUCAACUGGGUUAUUAUGAGCCCCUUUUUGAACAUUUUCCUCUUUCUUGAGCACAGUGGAAUUUUAGAUCCAACAGAUGAGGUGCAUCUGUUUUGUAUUCAUCUAGUUUACAUUACACUGAUUAAUAAUGCAAUUAACCAAUUUAUCGGUCAGUGGAAUAAUCCUCCUGUAAGCACGCAAUGCAAUUUCUCUCCCAAUCAGCUCUGGAUACAAGGAAUGCUACAUUUCAGAAAUUCUGGGUAUAAGGCUGUGACAGAUGUGACUGCCAGCAAGGCUGUUAAUUUAUUCAGUCAUUAUGGGAUUGGUGAAGAAGGGCCUGUACCUGACAUGCGGAGUGACUAUGCAGUUUUGGUACCUGACACAAUUACUACUCUGACACAUAACCAAGAAUUGUCACUGCAAGAAGCUAAAGAUGCAGUCUUCCAAACUGGUGAUCAUGAUGGAAUCAUAGCUUACCAAGUGGUAUUGCAGAUUGCUUCUUUUUAUUUAAACUGCUGUUCAUGA